AUGGCCACAGGCUUCAUUCUCGCUCUUUCAGCCCUCCAGGUUGCGGCUUUAUUGGUGGGAUUCGCCACCAACGGGUUCCUGCUUGGCGUCAACCUUUCAGACUGGAAGCAGCGCGGGGACAUCACCGCCGCCGACCACUUUAUAUGCGCCGUCGGCUUUUCCAAUCUCUCCCUCCAGAUUUGGUUGGGGUUCAACUGGUUCUGUGGCCUUUUCUGGAGCUCGGACUUAUUUUGCCGAUCGGCCUACGCCCUGAAGAUGAUCUCCGUCCAGUGCAGUCUGACGGUGUCGGGGCUUCUUUGCGCGUUCUACUGCGCCAAAAUCCUGACCUUCAACCACGCUUUGUUCCGUUUGUAUCAGCGGCACUUUCUUGGGUCGUACCGAAGAAUAAUAAUUUGCUCCGUGAUUUUAUGCGCUUUGUUGGGAUGUCCGCUGUUCAGCGCCGGGGGGAAGCAACCGAUCCGGAAUAAGAACCUCCCUUCUGCCAACGGCAGCUCCACCUUGGACGAUACUACAACCCCCCAGGACGUGUAUUUAGGAAUAUAUCGUGUUUUAGUUUUGCCUUUCGGGUACGGCAUUCCAUUGGGGUUCACCAUCGUUUCCGCAAGUCUCAUCAUCGUUUCUCUAAAGCGGCACACGAGGCGCAUGCGCAACACCUUGAAUACCAAGAACGAGGCUUUCGUAGAUGCCCACCUCUGCGCGAGGUUCACCGUUCUCUCUCUUCUUCUCUUAUUUGUUAUGUACUUUAUAACCGCCGUUAUUGAUAUCAUCGAUAUUUUUAAGGAAGGGGAUCCAGGACUCGCCCUCUGCCAGCUGGUCUCGGCGUUGUACGCCCCGGCGCACGGCAUGGUGCUCAUCAGAGGCAAUUCCAAACUCAAGAAGGCGUCAGCCAAAGCGAAAGAGAGGAUUGUGAGGGUUCUAACGCCAAAGGGACGGGCUGGAGAAGAUCCUGCAGCCUAUAAGACUCAGCAUUAA